GAUUCUUGCGGUCGGUAUAUGGUGCAUGUCAUAGUUGGAAAACUCUCUGCUGACGAGGACACCUCAUACCGUGCAAAGAACUGGAACGAAUGACACACGCCACGAUUGCAUGCACAGUGCUGGAACCAUUGUGCGUGCUAUGGAGAAGUGAAGAUCAGAAACGUGGGGAGAACAAGGUUUUGGCCAUUGUGACAGAUAGUGCCGCAUAUAUGCUACAGGCCGCAGAAUGUCUCUGGGUGUUUUACCCUAAAAUUAUUCAUCUAAUGUGUCUGGUUCAUGGUGUCCAUCGAGUCGCUGAAGAGGUCAUUGACAGAGGUCAACAGCCUUAUAACCUUGGCAAAGAGAGAGAGCUUUCAAGACUGCUAAUGGUGACUGUCCUCUGCCACCUGAACUGGUCUUGACGAGGUGGGGAAUGUGGAUUUCAGUUGCAAACUAUUAUGCAGACAACCACAGAAAAGUUGAAGAGGUCCCAAAGGGCUUUGAAGAUAGCGAAAA